UGGUGCGCGUGUCGAAGGUCACUCGGCGCUCACAAUGGAGCUCUCCGAGUAUGUGCAGAGAGGCUGCCAGAUGCUGGCCGAUCCCGGCUGCUUCGACCUCGCCGCCUUCGCGCUUCUUGUGCGGGCGGCCUUCCGGAGCCUGCUGGAAGCCCGGGCCGAUGAGGCCGUGCUAGAUCAUCCAGACCUGAAACAUAUUGAUCCUUUGGUAUUAAAACACAGUCAUGCAGCACUUGCAACUUGUAUACUGGAGGCAGGAAAGCAGAAAGCUGACAAGUCAACUCUGAGCACAUGUCUAGAAGACUGCAAAUUUGACAGAGAAAGAAUAGAACUCUUUUGCACUGAAUAUCAGAAAAACAAGAAUUCUCUGGAAAUCCUACUGGGAAGUAUUGGCAGAUGCCCCCUCCUUAUAACUGAUGUUUCUUGGCGUUUGGAAUAUCAGAUUAAGACCAAUCAACUUCACAGACUGUAUCGACCAUCAUAUUUGGUGACCUUAAAUGUUGAGAAAGAGGAUCCUAGAUCCCACCCUGACAUUAGCUUUAAUUGCACUAUGGAGCAAUUACAGGAUUUAGUGGGAAAACUUAAAGAUGCCGCUAAAAGCCUGGAAAGAGCAACUCAAAUGUGAUCGACGGUAACAAUCCGCUAGGGUCAAGAGGAAGACCAGCGCUCCCGGUCCUUCGCGCAAGCCAUCCAUCCCUUUUGCAAGUCGAAUCCCUUCCUUUUUAGUAGAAUUUGUGUUAAUUCCGCCUUUUGUACGUCUGAAACUUAUGAAACCUGACUUUUUUUUUACAUUAUCACAAUAGAAGUGAAGGCAGUAAUGCCGUUCUAUGUUUUCUUUAAGAGUUCUAUUCAUUUAUCCUGUCUUCAUUUCAUUCACUGGCCCUCUCCUUUCCUCGUCGUUAUUUCCUUACUUUCAUCGAGUUAUAUGCUCUAAUAAAUUGAGAUACUCGUGUUCACAAACCGAA